AACAAAAGACUCUGUGGGAGAAAGGGGCGUAGUCAGAGUCUCUGUACACCCGACCACAGCAGAAAAAAGAGAGAGCUCUGUUUCGCUUAGCUCCAUGUACGUAACGUGAAAGAAUCUGUGCAUGUUGCGCACAAAAUCUUUAAAGUGCAAUCCAGCUUACGUUAGCACCACAACUUCCCACAACCCUGCCACAAGAUUUGAUUUUGUUUUUCUCUUUAUCUCCAGUACCCAUCACCGCUAGCUCCCUUCUUCCUUCCGCCGUUGUGCGCACUUUCCUUAUCCUUCACCCCCUUCUCCCUCCCCACCAAUUCCAUUAUAAAUUAAAACGGUGUCGCUUUGAACGACAACAUUAUUUUGAUCGCUCAGAUGGCUACUACGGUUGCUAAGCUAAUAGUGCUGAGUUUCGCUAUAUCUCAUUUAAUCGUAACCGUAGGAUUGACGGUGGACCCCGCAGCUCUUCUACGGCUAGGAGUGGACGGGUUGCUGAGCGUCGAUCCAUACGACGUCGAAAAGGCGUCACUGGAUUUCGGGAAGCUGAGCCGAGCCCAGCCGCCUUUGGCUGUCUUACAUCCGGCAUCGGAGGAGGAUAUUGCUCGGCUUGUGAAAGCGGCUUACAAGUCAGCUCAUGGGCUUACGGUCUCGGCCCGGGGUCACGGGCAUUCAAUAAACGGGCAGGCUCAGGCGAGUAACGGAGUGGUGAUAGAGAUGACCGGGUAUUCGGGUAUGGUUCCUCAGGUUUCGGAGAGAGAGCAAUACGUCGACGUAUGGGGAGGGAUGCUGUGGAUAGAUUUGUUGAAGAGCACGCUUGAGUAUGGAUUGGCACCAAAGUCAUGGACAGAUUACUUGUACCUUUCAGUUGGAGGGACAAUAUCUAACGCAGGGAUUAGUGGACAAGCUUUUCAUCAUGGGCCUCAGAUUAGCAAUGUCUAUGAGCUUGACGUUAUUACAGGGAAAGGAGAGACGUUGAGAUGUUCAGAAAAAGAAAACCAAGAUUUGUUCCAUGGCGUUCUUGGUGGUCUAGGGCAGUUUGGAAUCAUCACUAGGGCAAGAAUUGCCCUUGAACCAGCUCCCAAAAGGGUCCGGUGGAUCAGAGUAUUGUAUUCAAGUUUCACGGCUUUUACUGGAGACCAGGAGUAUCUGAUUUCAUUGCAUGGCCAAAAAUUCGACUACGUGGAGGGUUUUGUAAUAGUAGAUGAAGGAUUGAUCAACAAUUGGAGGUCCUCUUUCUUUUCCCCACGUAACCCUGUUAAGAUUUCCUCACUCGGGUCUGAUGGGGGUGUGUUAUACUGCUUGGAGAUCACCAAGAAUUACCAUGAGUCCACAGCUGAUACCGUUGAUCAGGAAGUGGAGUAUCUAUUGAAGAAAUUGAACUUUAUACCAACAUCAGUGUUCAGUACUGACCUACCUUACGUGGACUUUCUGGACCGGGUUCACAAGGCCGAGUUGAAACUCCGGUCCAAGAAUCUGUGGAACGUACCACACCCUUGGCUCAAUCUCUUUGUCCCUAAAUCAAGGAUUGGUGACUUCGACAAGGGUGUCUUCAAGGGCAUUUUGGGAAAUAACAAGACCAGUGGGCCCAUUCUCAUUUAUCCCAUGAACAAAAACAAAUGGGACCGGAGGAGCUCGGCUGUGACACCAGACGAGGACGUGUUUUAUUUGGUGGCAUUUCUUAGGUCGGCAUUGGAUGAUGGGGAGGAGACCCGGAUCUUGGAGUAUCUGACAAAUCAGAACCGUCAGAUCCUCAGAUUCUGUGAUGAUGCAGGGAUCAAGGUGAAGCAGUAUUUGCCUCACUAUACUACAAGACAGGAGUGGAUGGAACAUUUCGGAGAUAAGUGGGAGUUGUUCUCUCAACGGAAAAUGGAGUUUGAUCCCAGGUUCAUUUUGGCUUCUGGACAACGUAUAUUUGAACUCUCCUCCCCAAUAAAGCUUCAUGGUUACGAGUAAUACAAUGAUAAUAGACCUAGACUUACUUACACUCGUCUAUAGAUAUACUGUACUAACAUAGGGGAUCAGUAUUUCUUGUACAGAAAUAGAGAGGCAUAUGUAAGUAAGGUUAAGAUGCAAACAAACAACGUGUCGUUUGCUGAGAUGAGAUGAUGAAUUUGAUUGCGCUAAAUCUUAGUACAAACGGGUGGUCAUGAGUUCAAGUU